UACCCCUACACAUGACAUUCAGACAACUCUACAGCUACAUCUGCUAUCUCCACACCGCGGCCUUCUCUCCCCCGCGUACCUUUCCUCUCCCCAUGACAAGCCCUCGCAGUGCGACUUUGCCCGCAACUUCCCGCUGUCAGUAGGCUCCGAAGGGCUCCCCUGUACAUCAUCUCUCACAACCGUAUUCCUGCGCUGUGACUUGUGUAACAAACAGGACCGGAUACACACAGAUGCCGGUGGCCGUAGGACCAUAUGGGCAGUCACAGCCCAAUUGCUUUGAUAGAGUAAAGAUGGGCUUCAUGAUGGGAUUUGCCGUGGGCAUGGCAGCUGGCGCUCUGUUUGGCACCUUCUCCUGUCUGCGAUUUGGAAUGAGGGGACGGGAGCUAAUGGGCGGAGUUGGGAAGACCAUGAUGCAAAGUGGCGGCACCUUCGGAACGUUUAUGGCCAUUGGGAUGGGAAUUCGAUGUUAAUCUAUCUUGUUUUGUUUUUUUGUCUGUUCAUUAAUGAUCUGCACAAUGAAGCUAUGAAUAAAUUCACUG